AUGGCCGCUGAGGAUGCACAGGUGGAGGAGGCUGCAAAGAAUAUUCCAAGUAAGACACUCGCCACAGUCCACAAGCUGCUCGGAAAAGGAUCCCUGACCCUGUCCACGAGCAUCCACAAGUCCCUGGACCUGUUCGCCAAGGUUUUGGACAUGAUCGGGCAAAGCACCAUCUUCGUCUACGGGCUCUCCAGCGCCCUCUCAUUCGCGGUUCUGCGAGUGUGGCAGCCUGGGCAAGGGGACUUCAGCAGCGACGAGCUCAUGGCCGCUUCCGUAGGCGCGAAGCUCGACGAGGCGAACAUGGAUGCCUGCCGCGGCAAGACAAGAGGUGCCUCAUGCAUGUUCUUGCAGUUUGCUGGCUUUAGCAACGAGACCGUGGCUCAGGGCAUUUGCUGUGGCGGCACCUGUGGCGUCGGGCCUUGCACGGAAGGGCCUGAAGAGGAAACAGCCGAGCAAGAAUUUGCCGUGCAGAAUGUGUCUCUGGGACAACUUCGGCGCCAGUCUAAGUUCCUCUAUGGGUUCAUCAACCUUGCGCGAAAGUCCUAUGGCGGCUUCUGUAAGGACCCUGACGCUGAGUAG